AUGGCUCUCGAGAAGCUCGAGCUGGAGCAUGUCCCUUCGACAUACCACAUCUACGGCGCAUUGUUCCGCGACGUGGCCAAUACCGAGUUCCUCCAACAACAACUACUCUCCCGAAACAGCGAGUUUGAGUACGCCUUUAUCGACGCGUCGUCGGUUAUUUCCCGGCUGCAUCUCCUCUCAGCCGUCUACAGUGCAGUCAAUGUCUCAUUGGACGGGACCUUGCGGACACCCAACGUCCACUCCGAGAUUGUCGUGUCCUUCAACACGAAUAACAAUAUCGCAGACGCCUACCGAAGAUGGGGCAUAACACCUGGCAAGACAAAAGACCUGAUCGUGAUCAAAGUCGUUUCCCCUCGACAAUUCACGGCGCAAGACCAAGAUGAAGCCACGACACAACAACAACAACAACAACAAGCUAUCUGUGACCACCUGAGGCAACACGUCCAGGGGACACCAGCGCCGCUGACAGACGCCGAGCUUACCCAAGCCACCGACUGGCCCAAAGUGCGCAAAUACUACCGGCUGAACGGGGUGCCGGCGCUGGACCGGCUGGCCGACGAGCACGAGAGGAGGAGACAAAUGGAGAGCUUGGCCAUCAUGGGCAUGGCGUUGCGGGGUUUAUGA